UGUGCAGAAAGCUGCGGCUGCUGAUCUCCGAACCGAACCGCAGUCUAAUAGUUUCCUCUGGAGAGGAGCUCCAUUUCUCAGAACCGGAACCGAGCAGGUGACUGGUGCCAUGCAGUUCUGACCCGGUCCGGACCUUUGGAUGCUGCAGCUGAGCGUCACCGGGCAGCAGCAUGAACGGAUACGAUCCUCCAGCUCUGAACGUCUUCAGCUCCAACAUCAAUGGACACAAAGCUCCGUCUCCAGGUCCUUCCAGAAACAAAGCCAAGAGUGGUGCCAAAGCUCUGUAUGAGCAAAGGAAAAACUACACCAGAACCAGCAUCAACAGUCUGACGGAUACAUCCCAGUACCAUGUGGAGCACCUGACCACGUUCGUGUUGGACCGGAAAGAUGGGAUGAUCACCGUGGACGAUGGCAUCCGCCGUCUGCGCCUGCUGGACGCCAAAGGGAAGGUGUGGACUCAGGAGAUGCUGCUGCAGGUGGAGGACAAGGCGGUCAGCCUCAUCGACCUGGAUUCACAGAAUGAGUUGGAGAACUUCCCCAUCAGCUCAAUCCAGCACUGCCAGGCUGUGAUGAAUGCCUGCAGCUAUGACUCCAUCCUGGCUGUGGUGUGUAAAGACUCCAGUCAGAGCAAACCAGACCUCCACCUGUUCCAGUGUGAUGACAUCAAGGCAAAUCUGAUUCACAUGGAUAUAGAAAGUGCCAUGAUAGAUGCCAAAGGGGGCAAAGUGAAAAAACGACCAGAGACUCUGAAAGUGAUUCUGAAGAGCGACGGCCUGAUCCCACCUCCCCCCCCGACGCCCGCCCCUGAUGCGCCACCUUCAUCGAAUCAAGAGGAGAGUAAGGGGCGAACAGCUGCUUGGUCGGCGUGGGCCAAUGAACAGCAGCACUAUGAGCAGCAGCAUCUGUCGCAGUACGACGGAGCGGGGGAGAUGACGGCGCUGCGGGUGGACCGAGACGUGCAAAUCCUAAACCACAUCCUGGAUGACAUCGAGUUCUUCGUCACCAAACUGCAAAAGGCGGCAGAGGCCUUUAACGAGCUCUCCAAGAGGAAGAAGGCAACGAAGAGCAAGAAGAAAGCUCCAGGAGAGGGUGUCCUGUCUCUGAGAGCCAGAGCUCCCAGUGAGGAAGAGUUCGUAGACUGUCUGCAGAAGUUCAAACAUGCCUUCAACCAGCUGGCGAAGCUGAAGGACCACAUUCAGAACCCAAGCUCAGUGGACCUAGUUCACUUCCUCUUCACGCCGCUGAGGAUGGUGGUCCAGGCGUCUGGCGGAACCGAUCUGGCUAGAAGUGUCGUGGUUCCUCUCCUCACCAGAGACGCCAUUGAGUUCCUCCACUCCUCGGGAACAGCAGAGGAACGCCACCUGUGGGUGACUCUGGGAGACGGCUGGACAAAAUGCAGGCUGGAGUGGCCUAAGGAUCACUACUUCCCUCCCUGCGCCCUGCGGUUCCGCGACGGCUGGGAGCCUCCCGUGGUUCCGGCCGUGAUGCCGAGUCGGGAGCAUGAACUGAUGCAGCUGGCUGAGAGCCUCGUCAACGCCGACAUCCACCGCUCGGCCGACCUGCGGCUGUCUCAGGAGCAGGGGGCGCUGCAGCGGUUUCCUCCAGCUGAUGGGUACGCCCUCAAUAACUCCUCCCACAAACGCAUCCAGGUCCUGGACCAGGACACGGCCUUGGCUGCUUUCAAACACGCCGUCAGCCGCCGUGUCGACCGGAGUUUUGAUCCAGAAAAUAGGUUUGAACAGAGAGUUUUUGCCAAAUCGAAGUACGACUUUGUGGGGAGAAACAACACGGAGCUGUCGGUCGUCAAAGACGAGCUUGUGGAGGUUCUGGAUGACAGGAAGCAGUGGUGGAAGGUUCGGAACGGCUGCGGAGAAUCCGGCUACGUGCCAAACAACAUCCUGGAGAUCACCAGAGCCAUGGACGUGAACAGCCGUGGAGAUCCUGUCUACAGCCAUACCAUCCAGCUCAUGAUGCCAAAGAAGGAGUUUGAGUUAUUUAAGCAGUUACUGGGAGAGUUAAAUGAGAAGCAGACCACAAAGUCGGACCAUCCCCCAGGUAGACCAGCAGCUGCUCAGAUGUCUGAGGUUCCAUCACCGCCACCCCCCGCCCCCAACAGGCUCCCCACGCCGCCUCUGCCUCCUCCGAUGGCAGAACCCCCUAAAGCAGGCGGCGGCAGCACCACGGUCAGCCGACAUAACAGCAACACGUCCAGCGACGCCGGGAACGGCGCCGCAAAGGAAGCAGCCAGCCAGAGAGCUGCAGCGGCUGCAGGACGCAGGAAGUCCAACAUGGAGGAGGUUCAGGACGAGCUGAUCCACAGGCUAACUUUGGGUCGCAGCACUCAGAAGAAGUUCCAGGUUCCCUCUCGGAGCAACAGCGGCAGCCUUCCUGCUCCAAGCAUCACUUACGAUUCCUCCCCAGAUGAAGUGAAAGCCUGGUUGGAGGCCAAAGGCUUCAGUCCGGUAACCAUCAGCAGCCUUGGUGUUCUGACUGGAGCGCAGCUGUUCUCGCUGAACAAGGAGGAGUUGAAAACAGUUUGUCCUGAUGAUGGAGCUCGAGUCUUCAGUCAAGUCACGGUGCAGAAGGCUGCGCUGGAGAAGAGUUCAGGCUCUGAGCUGGAGGAGAUUAUGAGGAGGCGACAGGAGAAGCUGGCAGCCAGCACCGCUGAUUCCGGGGUGGAGUCUUUCGACGAAGGCAGCACCCACUGAGCAUUCCCUCCCUUGCCUCAGUGUUCCUUAACCCUCCCAAUGCAGCCGACUUUCACUUCCACUAUUCAUCCGCAGGCGGCCGCAGAUCGUGCAGAGUUCGUGGAGAUCAUGCGUCGCAGACAGGAACUCCUUAGCUCAUCUCCAUAGAAACGAACUGACCUCUGGAUAUCCAAGCUGUUAAAGAAUCUACAGAACCUUCUGCCAUGUUUGCCUGAACUUCACAGGAACGUUUUUUUGGGAUAUUUUUUCCUGCUUGGUAGCUAAAUCUUUCUAAAGCAAAGCCUCACAGUAUUAAUGUUGGAUCAUCUGAAUGUCAGCAGCUGCUCUUUGUGCCUCUCAGGUUUAUUAACACUUUCUAAACUAAUAGUAAAAAUUUGAGCCUGCUUUCUGCUUCCAGUAAGUCGGAGUUGCACAUAACCUGUUUAAGUCCCCUUUAAAGUGAUAUCAUUUCAAAUAUUUAGAUAUUUUUGUAUAGCUUUUGGAUUUGUUUGUCAAUCUAAUGAAUAAAUCUACAGAUUCAUUUGUGUCCCUGUUCAAACGCUCUGUCAAUAUAAUUUUUUGCUGCAUUAAUGCCAACCUUGAUUCAUUUCUCAGGAUAUAUUUUUUUUCAUAUUUCAAAUUUGGAAUCAAUCUGUAUCCAUGGAGAAAACCUAUGGUAGUUUUUCCUGCAUUUUUCAGCAAAUUCAGACUUUUCAGUCUCUGAAUGGAAUAAAAAUCGCGAGAGGCCCAAAAGAAGCUGUUGGUUCCCAUGUUUCAACAGAUGAGUAAAUAUGUCGUAGACUGAUGCAUUUAAGGCCACAAUGUUUGCUUUAUGAUGAUGUUUUAAGAUUGUAUGAAUUAACUUUUAAACUAAAGGAUAGGUUGAUAUUUUCACAUUUAAGAUCCAACUGCUGUAGAAAACUUAUUUUUUCAUAAUUUGAUGAUUUUCAUGAUAUGUGAGAAUGUAUUUGAGCCGAAGGUGAAGAUUGUUGGACUAAAAUGAAUGUGGAGCUUCAUGAAUGUUUUCUCUGUACGCUGCCCACCUGUACGGGUAAUCUCAGCAUCUUAUGAACCGUCUUAAAUGAUCAGGUGAUCAGAGUGUCAGCUGGGAGUCUGAUGAACCUUUAGGACUAAACAAAUAUUGAAAUGGGUUGGAACAUCUAGUAGUUUCUCAGAUUCUGUUUUGCAGUUUCAUUCUCAGCAGUCAGAUUAUCCCCGAACCUGACAAAAGGCAAUCUGCCCAAGUUACAAGAAAAAUGUAUCAAACUGCAGCAAAUCUGAGUUGUUUUUUUUUCUCUCCAAUGAGUUGAAUAAAAGGCUGGAGAUCACUAAAGAUGAAUUAAAUAUUUUUGCUGGAAUCUGCUUUCAUAAAUGUUUUAGUACUUUUUCCAGCAUGUUGCUGCAGUUUAGAGAUUUGACUGCAGUUUCUUGGAGAUCUCUGAAAUGCUGGUAAAAAUAAAGGUCUGGAAUUUCCCAGUUCUCUUCAAUCUGGUCAGCUACACCUAAGUUCCUGCUACUGUAUAAAGUUUAACUCAAUCGGAGCAAAGUUUCACCUGGUGGUCAAUCUUGACAAUUUCAAAAAUAAUUAUGCCCUUAUAAACCACAAAUCUGGGUGUUUUGUUUUUGACGGUAGCCCUGAAGAAGGGUAUUAUUCUGCUGACGUUUCACUGUUUAAAUUAAUUUCUGUUCAGCCUUUUUUAAGUUUUCCCUGAUUCAGGCUCUAUGAGCAGCCCAGAAACUGAAAUGUUGAACUCUUUAGGGAAAACUGAAGGAAUGUUUCAAAGGUUUAUCAUUUAGAAACUCAGUCUGAAGGUGUUUGGAUGUUUAUCUGGAUGGUCUGGUGUCUGAACAUUUACAGGCUGCAAGUCGUCACUCUGAAGUUCAUAUGACCUCUAAGAUUUCCCUGAUUAACUCAGCACAUCAGUUCAAAAACUUGAUCAGCUUUUCUUAAUCAGAUCUAUCAUAUUAAAAGCUUUCCAUGAAUGCUUUUAGCAUGAAAGGUCAGCAGAAGUGUUGGUUAAUCCAGAUGAAAGCAGAUAAAAGAACCUGAGUCUGGACAGAGU